AUGCCUCCCAAGCGCAAGUCGAACGCUAUCGAGGCGGACGCGUCUGCCGGGGAAGACGCAGAGCAGGUGGUAAAAAAGCCACGAGUCUCUGACGCGCCAGAGGCAUCUGGUUCGAAGGACAAAAAGGCCAAACAGGCCGCCGAACCCAAGGACUGGCAUGAUAUUGUUCUGGAAGGCGAAGGAGAGGAUGGUGGAGUGUCUGUCUACGAUGACUGCAACGAUAUUCGGCGGAAGAUCCGCCUGCUGCAAAAGCAGCCAAACUGGAAGGUCACGGCAUGGCUGAAAGAGAUCGGGAACAUCAAUAGCAACUCAUUCCAGCGUUUCAUGAAGGCCACAGGACCGACAGGAGGUGCUUCGAACGGCACAUACUAUGCCGCCUACGUCUACUUUGAAAAAGUCAGGAUUGCCGAAGGGAAGAAGAAGACGGCGAAGCGCGAACGCAGUGAGGCGGAGCAUCGAGAAGGCCUUCCGUUGCAGGACCGCCGAGGAGUGUGGGUGUACACAGGCCCGUGA